AUGACCACGCUGAAGCUGAAAGUUCCAAGUCCGUCCGCAGGUUUCUCUCUGGGUCCUGGACCAGACUUUCUCAUUCUGGAGGCUUCCAGACAGCCACGUUUAGUGCCCAAGCCUGAGAGGAUGACUUCAGAUGGAGCAACUUCAUUGCCUGGACCAGAUAUGACCUUGAAACCUGGCACUGCCCUGUCUCCUUUCACUGCACUUCCUAUUCCCCCAUCUGCUCCUGGCCCACCAGACCAACCACCCUGGGAGCUGCCUCCACAGCCCCCCAUGCCUUCAGCUUUAUCUCCAGGCAACCCUCUGAUGAUCUCUGCUUUCCCUAAUCCAUUGUUGGUGACAGGAGAUGGGGGCCCUGGCCACAGCGGGGCUGAAGCCAGCAAGGUCAUUGUCAAAGUCAAGAAAGAAGGGGGGGCAGCUGAGUCCUCUCAUAUUCAGAACUUUAUCCUUACUCAGACUUCCCACAAUUGGAUUGCCUCAGGUGCUCCCUGUGGGGGCCCGGAAGGCCCAUCCCCUCAAUUUGUGACAGCCUCUAACAUGAAGGCCCUUCUGCCCACUGAGGCUGUUGUGGUGAGUCAGGAAGGCCUCCCAGGCCUUCCUGCUCAGGCUCCACCACCGGCUGCCCACCUGGUCCCCAUUGUGUCUCUGGAAAAAGCUUGGCCAGGGCCACAUGGAUCAACCGGAGAAGGAGGCCUGCCAGCAGCCCAAUCCAAGCCGGCGCUGGGUGACCUCUCCUAUACCUCUAAUGGUGUUUAUGAGAACUUCCGUCGCUGGCAGCUCUACAAAGCCUUGGCUCGGAGGCAUUUAUCCCAAAGUCCCGAUGCAGAAGCUCUUUCCUGCUUUCUUAUCCCAGUGCUUCGUUCCCUGGCCCGGCUGAAGCCCACUAUGACCCUGGAAGAGGGACUGCCAAGGGCCGUGCAGGAGUGGGAUCGCACCAGCAACUUUGACCGGAUGAUCUUUUAUGAGAUGGCAGAAAAGUUUAUGGAGUUUGAGGCCGAGGAGGAAAUGCAGAAUCAGAACACACAGCUGAUGAAUGGGUCCCAGGGUCUGCCUCCUGCAGUCCCUCUGAAACUUGAUCCUCCAGGGCCCCAGGCCCCUGAGGUUUGCCAGCAGCCAGUGUACAUUCCCAAGAAGGCAACCUCCAAGGCACGGGCCCCCCGCCAGCGGCAGCGCAAAACCCAGAGGCCUCCAGUGCCUCAGGCACCCAAGGAAAUCCCACCAGAAGCUGUGAAAGAGUAUGCUGACAUCAUGGAGGGCCUGGUGGGGAGUCACCUGGCCACUGGGGAGUCAGAGGGAAGACAGGAAGAGGAAGAGCGGCAGCAGGAGGAAGGGAUGUAUCCAGACCCAGAUCUCCUGAGCUACAUCGAUGAGCUGUGUUCUCAGGAGGUCUUCGUCUCCAAGGUGGAGGCUGUCAUUCACCCUCAAUUUCUGGCAGAUCUCCUGUCCCCUGAACAACAGAGGGACCCCUUGGCCUUAAUGGAGGAACUGGAGCAAGAAGAAGAACUCAGUCUUGCCCAGCUGGUCCAGAAGCGACUCCUGGCUUUGGAGGAGGAAGAGGGUGCAGAGGCACCUCUGAAUUGCAGUGGAGCUCAUCUGGACUCAAGUCCUUCUGUUUCUGAUGAGGAUGAAGAUGCGGGUGGGCGGCUUCGGCCCUCACCUGGGCUUCGGGUGGCUGGGGGCGCUGUUUGCCUUGGGAAGGCUGCUUCUCCAGGAAAGCAGGCAAGAACAGUGCAUGGUGGGCAGGAACAGGCUCUAGAUGGCUCGAGGAUGAUGUGCAGGGAUGGGAACAACCUGCCAUCCCCCAGCGGCUGGGACUUGCACAUAGAACUUGCAGCUCCACAGGGAACCAGAGUGCCCUUAGGUACAGAAAGAAGAGAGCCUGGAAAGAUUACAAACCAGAUAGCCCCACAUCAGGAUGACUACCUAGGAGGUGCUGGGUCUCCUGGGCACUGCUUGGUGGCUGACGGGACUUGUGAGGCUCUGUCCCUUUGCUGGCAGGAAGGCUCCCAGCUCGAGUUAGUUCCCAGUUUGGAUGUUGGACUUGCAGAGCUGACUCCUCUGCAAGGACAGGGGUUAGAAAAGCAGGUCCUGGGGUUGCAGACAGAACAACAGAUAGGAAGUCUUGGAGUGCUGGCUCAAGGCAAGGAGCUGUUAGCAUUGCCCCAGGAAGGCUCUUCAGGAGUCAUGUGGGGAGAUGACAGAGGUCUUCCUAUAGUUCAGAGUUAUGAGCAGAACUUUCCCUCUAGAACAGCUGAGGACAAGUAUGAGGAUGGGGCCUCUUUUAGUCCAGGACUUUGGCUCAGCAGUGAGAUGGAUGCCAUAAGCUUAGAGUUGCCCUUACAAAUUGAGGAAGUGUUGGAGAACUUCCAUGAUGGGGAAUGUGUCCCUGAGCAUCAGGGAGGCUGCCAGACACUGGGUUCCAGAAGCGACAUUUCUCUGGGUCCUGGAGAAACCACAGCACACGGGGAUGUGGGGAGCAGUGCACUUCCCUGUGGAGGCACAGAUGCUACAGCUGCCCUAGAAAAGAGAAACUAUAGCUUGGCUUUGAGGUCUAAAGAACAGAAUCCUGAGACUCUACAGGAUUCCAGUGAUCUGUGGGCUGAAGGUUGUCCCCCGUUGCUGGAAAGCAGUAUUGAUGCCUCCACACUGGUUUCCAAAGAAACCCUCCCACCUUCUUGUCAAGGCAAUAUCUUUAUCCUGGGGAUCCAGGAUGCCUCUUCUUUCCCUGAGGCCAGCCAGGAGGCAGGGAACAGAGGCAGUUCCAUUUCUCUGUUGGAAACCAUAGAUCACAGCAACAUACUAGAUGCUAGAGAUGGCUGUGGCCUCCAGUUAGGGGGCAGUGAAGACACCUGCCCACUAAAUUUUAAUUCUUAUGACUGCCAACGAGAGGGCAGGGAGGACACUGAUUUGUUGAAUCCUAAAGACCUUGCUCCCUUACCAGGGAAUCGAGAGUCUUAUGCACACAGGACCCCCAAAUCAACAUCUCCCCGGAGCCUUGGGAGGACUUCUCGGCGUUGGGGAGCCAGGGAUGCCUUAGUUCUGAAAGCCUCUCCUGUUAGCGAAACACGCAGUUCAGCAGGUAGGGCCAAAAGAAAGAAGGAGGAUGAGGAACUCUCUCGAGUUGCCUACCUCUUGGCCUCUAAAUUGAGCCUGUCGCCAAGGCAGACUUCUCUCAGUCCUCGCCCUGCCUCAGGCCUGUCCUCCACAGGCCAGGGGGUCCAGAGAGCGUCCGACACCCUCUCUCCUGAGGCAAGAGGCCCCGGCCAAUCUCCACAUCCUGUUGCCAAGUCUAAGAAGCGAGCUCUAGUUACAGGUCCAAUCCCUGCUGAAAAGAGGCCCUACCUGGGAGCUGAGCUUGCGGUCUCUGGGGAGAAACCCCCUGCUCGACCUUCACAGCCUCGAAAACGAAGGCGUGAUAGUUUGGGCACAGGCAGAAGGAAGAAACGCCGUCGUAGCCAGUAAGGAGCAGAACCUUCCUAUUCCUCCUGCCAGUUCUUGCAGCCAGAGCCCCAUGAAUAGAUUUCACCUGGCUGCACACAAACCAGACACUUGUUCUCAGUUUUAUAUUUUGCAGUAGUUCUGCUAAAGUGGUUGGCGCAGGGAGGGUGGUCACACCAGCUAGGUUGGAGGUGGUGUCCUGGUGGGAGGUGAAGGUGAAGUAUGUUUGGAAGGAGUUGCAUGGGAAAACAAUAAAGGUUUUUUGUUGUUG